CUCUAACCACGAACACUCAUCAGUGAUACUAGAACCAAUUUGCACUAGGUAAGCCCAUAAAUAUCAACUUACUAUUGAAAGCCCGCCUGCCCCGCCACUAAACGUGCCCUCAAGCCCAUUCCCAUGCCCAGCCCGCCAAUCAAUUUCUUUAUUUUCCACCUUCUAUGUCCGCAGACUGCGUGUCUUCGCCGGCUCAGUCCUAUUAUAAUCUCUGCUGGCCGGAAAAACUGCCCAGAUUGACCAUGGCGGGAACAGUACCGAUGAAGAGAAUAAAGUCGGGAUCGCAGGGGCUCGAAGUAUCAGUUCAAGUCAAGGACUUGGAUGCAUGAGCAUGUCGGGUAUCUAUGGGCCUCCCAAGCUCGACCUUGAAAUGAUCGCUCUCAUCCACAACGCUAUCAACUCGAGCGUUACUUUCCCUUGAUACCGCUGAUGUUUGUGGCCCUCACAUAAACGACAUCCUUCUGGGGAAGGUUGGUUUUCAGACUUUCUGAUCCAAUUCUGAUUCUGGGUCUGCUUUGAUUCGUUUUCGCUCUUUUGAAAGGGGCUGAUUUUGAUUGUUAGAGGGUUAGGGAAAGAGUCGAACUGGGUACCAAAUUCGGUGCUGUAUUUGUGGAUGGGAAGACGGAAAUCCGUGGAGAUCCUGCUUAUGUAAGAAGUGCUGGCGAGCUUGAAGAGGCUGGAUAUUGAUUGUGUUGACCUUUCUUAUCAGCACAGAGUUGAUACUAGAGUGCCCAUUGAAGCCACGGUUUGUUUGCGUUUCUUUGAAGUUUGUCCCAUUCUACUUUAGUUAAACUAGGAUCUUAGCUUUUGAUCUCUAAAGUUGGUUAUAUUCUUUUCUGGGAGAAAAGAUGGGGGAGUUGAAGAAACUAGUUGAGGAAGGUAAGAUCAAGUACAUAGGCCUACCUCAUGCUUCUGCUCCAACAAUUAGGAGAGCUCAUGCUGUUCAUCCCAUAACGGCUGUGCAGUUGGAGUGAUCCUGGUGGCCCAGGGAUGUGGAAGAAGAGAUUGUCCCUACGGGCAGGUCGGCCAUUGAUGAUCACCCACAUCUUUCAAACUGGGAAAAAAGUUCACCGUCUCAUAGUAUGUUCUGCUUGCCAGAGAACUUGGAAUUCGGAAUUGGGAUUGUUGCAUACAGCCCUCUAGGACUUGGAUUCUUUUCCAUUGGGGCCUAAGGUUGUUGAAAGUUUUGCUGAGGGGGAUUUUGCACACUACCAUCAUCAGAUUUCGUUUUAGUCUUUGGCCAUUACAUAUAUCUCUAUUUCCUAGAAAAGCCUUAAAUCUAGUUCUCCACGUUGGCAGUGUCUUCCGAGGUUUCAACCUGAGAAUUUGGAGCUCAACAAAGCCAUAUUCGAAAUUGCAACAAGGGAAGGAUGCACUCCAUCUCCGGUGGCACUUGCUUGGGUGCAUCACCGGGGAGAUGACAACAUGACGUGUGCCCGAUUCCAGGAACAACCAAGAUUGAAAACUUCAAUCAGAACAUUGGACCUUUCUCGUUGGAACUGACACCAGAAGAAAUGUCUGAGCUUGAAUCCAUUGCUGCUGCAGAUGCAUCUGAAGGGUGAUUAGAUAUGGAGAAGGUAUAUUAACAUUUAAGGAUUCCGAUGCUCCACCUCUUUCAUCGUGGAAACCCAAUGGCAAAUAAAGGUGUACUUCCUCAUUUGUUUGUUAACUUUUCUUUGUUCUGUUCUGGGUUCCUGAAGAUGUGAAAGAGUAGUGGUUAAUAUUGCUGUUGAUUGUAAACCACGUAUGCUGAACCAUUUGUAUUCGUAUGAGAGAGUUGAAUAUUAUCCUCAUUUACUCCUUUGUUUAUCUUUUGACCAGCUUUAUACGAGGAAAAGAAAUGAAGCAAAUAGACAAGCAGCCAGCCAAGUUGGACUGUCAAUGUGAACAUGCCUCAUAAAGAAAGUCCCAACGUAUAAACAGCAUCCACUUGGAGCCUUGUUUAUUGCGGAGAGUUGUAGAUUGACUUUUCUUCUUUGGGUUCGAUCCUCUUUCACUUUCAGCAUCUCCGCACCUUCUGCAUAUAUAGUACUUAGCAACCCGGGCACCAUUUCUGAAACUCAAAUCUUGCACAAUUACCAGUUUUUUCUUUAGCAGGGAAUCAUGGCGACAAUGGUGAAGAGGAUCAAGUUGGGCUCGCAGGGUCUUGAAGUCUCGGCUCAGGGACUCGGUUGCAUGAGCAUGUCUGCCUUCUACGGCCCUCCAAAGCCGGAGCCUGAUAUGAUUGCUCUCAUCCAUCACGCCAUCAGCAGUGGCGUCACUUUCCUCGACACCUCUGAUAUCUACGGACCUCACACCAAUGAGAUCCUCCUUGGAAAGGCGUUGAAGGGGGGGAUGAGGGAGAAGGUUGAACUCGCCACCAAAUUCGGCGGUGUCCUGAAGGACGGGAAGGGGGAGAUUCGUGGCGAUCCUGCUUAUGUAAGAAGUGCUUGUGAGGACAGCUUGAAGAGGCUUGAAGUUGAUUGUAUCGAUCUCUACUACGUGCAUCGUGUUGAUGUCAGAGUUCCGAUUGAAGCCACGAUGGGAGAGCUGAAGAAGCUGGUUGAAGAGGGUAAGAUUAAGUACAUAGGUCUAUCGGAAGCAUCUGCUUCAACGAUCAGAAGAGCUCAUGCUGUUCAUCCCAUAACCGCGGUCCAAUUGGAAUGGUCACUUUGGUCAAGGGAUGUGGAAGAAGACAUCAUCCCAACUUGCAGAGAACUUGGGAUCGGUAUUGUUGCGUAUAGUCCACUAGGCCGCGGAUUCUUUUCAUCAGGGGCUAAGCUGGCUGAGAAGUUUGCAGAGGGUGACAUUAGACAGUAUCUACCGAGGUUCCAGCAAGCGAAUCUGGAGCAAAAUGGUGCCAUAUUCGACCGUGUUAAUGAGAUGGCGUCGAGGAAAGGAUGCACACCAUCACAGCUAGCGCUUUCCUGGGUGCACCACCAGGGGGACGACGUGUGCCCCAUCCCAGGAACCACCAAGGUCGAGAACUUCAACCAGAACAUCGGAGCUCUGUCCGUGAAGCUCACUCGAGAAGAGAUGGCGGAACUGGAGGCCAUUGCUGGUGGAGAUGCAGUUAAAGGUGAUAGGUAUGGAGAAGGAAUGCCAACGUUCAAGCACUCUGAGACUCCACCUCUUUCUUCUUGGAACCCUGUUGCUGAGUGAGAGAUGCUACUGUCCCGGUUGUAAUUUAGUUGUUGAAUAUAGUGCAACAUAAGAAUAAUUGGAAGGGUUUUGCCUCUUUCUUUAGGCUUAAUAUUUGACUUUUGAUUGCUUUGCAAUCUUGUUUUGGACGUGCUGCACGUGGUAAAACUUGAGAUUAUAAUAAAAUGAGAUAUGAUAAGGAAGUAUAAUGUGUACUUUAUGGAACAUUGCAAUGGAUAAUUGGGUUUCAAGAUUAAAAUACGUAAGAAUAUGAAACCAAUUUCUCAAGAGUAUCCUUAUUCUAAGUGUUUUAUAUCCUAUCUGUUUCCAUAUUCAUUCAAAUAGUUAGUAUGCAUCUAAUAAUUAAUUUGUAACACAAUUAUAGUUAUUUAAAAAUUUGUAUGUAUCCAUUCAUGAUAUUUAUUAAUGCUCAGUUAUGAUAACCAAUCAUACACGAAACUAUAAUCAGUAAUAACAUCAUUUACAAUUAUUUGUGUCCGCAAUUUUUUUUUGCAUUAUCGGGAGGCCGAGGCCGAGAAAAAGAACGCGAUUACAUAGGAGGGAGGGGAGAGUGGGCUGUCACCCGACGAGGGUGGGUAACUCCCAUAACAUCGUCUCGGAGAAUCGACAUCACACCUGGAGGUGGGUUCCCCAGCUCAUGCAUACCGUAGGGAUAGACGAGACAGUGCUUCGAGAGCCAGUCCGCGACUCUAUUCCCUUCUCGGUAUGUAUGAGUAAGGCGAACCAACCAGUUCCGACUAAGCUUCCUGCGAAUAGCUGCAAGGAAAGUGGCAUACGGAUGUACCGGAAUUUGUGUCCGCAAUUGUUCAUCACAAAUAGGCACAUGUAUUCAUUUGAAAAUAAGUUAUAAUCAUUGAUCAAUAUUUACUACGCUUUUAAGUUUUAACAAACCUAGCCAUCAAAAAUUUAAAAUAUAUGUUUAGGGUGAUU